AUGCAAGGUCCACAACCUCCACAACCAGACACCAGCAACCGAGACAACGACCACGACAAGAACCAGCAACCCGAAUACACGAAAUACGCUACAGUAGAGCACUUCUUCAAUGAAAAGCGACGGGCUCUCUUCGAGUCGAUAUCGGCGUCGAGGCGGUACGCCUUCAACUUCCGCAAACGCGCCAUCUCCACCUCGACAGGCGAACUCCUCUGUCCUCCUCCCCCUUCCGUCCCGCAACGCAAAUUAUCCCGGCCAAGACUCGCCCGAAUCAGGAAGAAAUGGCGCAGAAAGAGGAGCAGAGGAAGCGACACCGAUCCCCUGUACUGCUUGAGAAGACAUCAGCUGCUGGCGAUGUGGAAUACCCAGCCCACGACAGUGGCACAGUGGGAUGAAUGUGACCAGGCUCUACCAAAGAUAAGGCCCCGGUUGAGCAAGUUUCGGCUGCGCGAAGAGAAGAUCGACGAGCCCGAGGAUGUUUAUGAUGAUGACCAUGGCAUGCUGAGAAGCCCACAUACUUCGAAGAAGAGGAAACAUAGCAGGGUUGACGAUGAUGGUGUUGCUGCAGAACCACGGGCAAAGAAACUGUCAGGCUGA